UUGGGUAAAUUUAUUUCCUGUUGGGGAACUCAGAAGGUCCUCAUGGAAACCACAACACAACAGGAAAUCCUUAGGCGAAAGAGAAAAAAUACAUGCACUGAGUGUGGGCAAAACUUCAUUCACAGAUCAAGCCUUUCUGUUCAUCUGAGAAUCCACACAGGGGAGAGGCCCUACAAAUGCCCUGAGUGUGGGAAAACCUUCAAUCGCAAUUCGCACCUUAUUAGUCAUCAAACAAUCCACAGAGGGGAAAGACCCUACGAAUGCAGUGAGUGCGGGAAAACCUUCAAUCGCAGCUCAAACCUUAUUAGCCAUCAAAGAAUUCACACGGGGGAGAGGCCGUAUAAAUGCUGUGAGUGUGGAAAAUGCUUCACUAAGAGUUCAGCCCUUUCUCAACAUCAGAGAAUCCACACGGGGGAGAGGCCCUAUGAAUGCCGUGAGUGUGGGAAAACCUUCACUAACAGCUCACACCUUUCUAGACAUCAGAGAAUCCACACAGGGGACAGGUCCUACGAAUGCAGUGACUGUGGGAAAAGCUUCCCUCAAAGAUCAGCCCUUUCUGUUCAUCAGAGAAUCCACACAGAUGAGAGGCCCUAUGAGUGCAGAGAGUGUGGGAAAAGCUUCCCUCAAAGAUCAGCCCUUUCUGUUCAUCAGAGAAUCCACACGGGGGAAAGGCCCUAUGAAUGCAGAGUGUGUGGGAAAAGCUUCACUCAAAGAUCAGCCCUUUCUGUUCAUCAGAGAAUCCACACAGAUGAGAGGCCCUAUGAAUGCAGUGAGUGCGGGAAAAGCUUCACUGACAGCUCAGCCCUUUCUAAACAUCAGAGGAUCCACACAGGGGAAAGACCCUACGAAUGCCGUGAGUGUGGGAAAAGCUUCACUCAAAUAUCAGCCCUUUCUGUUCAUCAGAGAAUCCACACAGGGGAAAGACCCUACGAAUGCCUUGAGUGUUGUAAAACCUUCAGUCGCAGCUCGCACCUUAUUCGUCAUCAAACAAUCCACAGAGGGGAAAGACCCUACGAAUGCAGUGAGUGCUGGAAAACCUUCAAUCACAGCUCGCACCUUAUUAGCCAUCAAAGAAUUCACACGGGGGAGAGGCCCUAUGAAUGCAUUGAAUGUGGGAAAAGCUUCAAUCAUACCUCAGCCCUUAGUAGGCAUCAGCGAAUACACAGAGGAGAAAGACCCUAUGAAUGCUGUGAGUGCGGGAAAAGCUUCAGUCAGAGAUACACCCUUAUCUCUCAUCAGACAACGCACACAGAAGAGAAACCCUAUGAAUGUUGCGAGUGUGGAAAAAGCUUCUCUCGGAGCUCAAACCUUACUACGCAUCAGAGGAUCCACACAGGAGAGAGACCCUAUGAAUGCCGUGAGUGCGGGAAAAGUUUCAGUCAAUUCUCCUCCCUUAUCUCUCACCAGAGAGUCCACACAGGAGAGAAACCCUAUGAAUGUUGCGAGUGUGGAAAAAGCUUCUCUUGGAGCUCACACCUUACUACGCAUCAGAGGAUCCACACA